AUGAUCGCUGGCCUUAUCGUGAAACAUUCGCGAUACACUGAAAAUCUUUCGUUUUCUGCGACCAGCUCUCUGCGAAAUAUCGACGCGAUUCUGCGCGUUUUGCCAUCGUGUCACUUCAAGGAGUUCCUGACACGCGUGGAGGCUUUUGAUGCAAUGUUGAACUGGAUUCGAUGGAGUGAAUUCCCGGGAAAAUACUCAAAAGCCAUUUUACAUUUUGCUUCCUAUUACACAUAUCGAUACGCCUUCAACCACAUCACCAGACUUUUCCCACUCAACAGCAAAGUGCAGCGCAAUUGCAUAAGCAAGAUGAUACCUACUGUGGUUAGAGAAAUGGAAGAGAAAGCAGCUGAAUGGAAUGAAUUCUCUCGUCGUUAUGAUGUUUAUAAAGAAAACGGUUGCUGCUUUUUGAUUAUUGAUAGACAAAAUGAUGAAAAUCCAUGUGUUGAGCAGUAUUUGGAUUCAAAUCUCUACAGUAUCUUUAUCCUAGCUGGUUAUUCACCAUCGAUUGGCGUGAUGAUGGCAACAUUGGAGAGAGGCACGUUUAAUAAGAAAAUA